AUGGGGAAUAUGUUUGCAACGUUAUUCAAAGGCCUCUUUGGCAAAAAAGAAAUGAGGAUUUUGAUGGUGGGUCUGGAUGCAGCGGGUAAAACCACAAUUCUGUACAAAUUAAAAUUAGGGGAAAUUGUUACUACAAUUCCCACUAUAGGUUUCAAUGUAGAAACGGUCGAGUAUAAAAAUAUAAGUUUCACUGUAUGGGAUGUAGGCGGUCAAGACAAAAUAAGACCUCUAUGGCGACAUUAUUUUCAGAAUACACAAGGAUUGAUAUUCGUCGUUGAUAGUAAUGAUAGGGAACGUAUUGGUGAAGCGCGUGAAGAGUUAAUGAGAAUGCUAGCAGAAGAUGAACUUAGAGAUGCAGUACUUCUCAUAUUUGCUAACAAACAAGACCUACCAAAUGCAAUGAACGCAGCAGAGAUCACCGAUAAGUUGGGAUUACAUUCUCUACGUAAUCGCAAUUGGUACAUCCAGGCAACGUGUGCCACUAGUGGAGACGGACUUUACGAAGGUCUCGACUGGCUUUCCAAUCAGCUGAAAAAUGCCAACCGCUAAUUGGGACAAUUAUUCUGUCAACAUUCAGUUGCUAUUAACAUCAACAAAAACAGCUGCACGCCUCCUCCCCCCUUCUACUACAAAUGGACAACAAAAGAAACAACCUAUACAAACGUCGCAAGCUCUCCGCAAUUUUGAGUGGAAACUGUAGAAGAGGUUAUUCCUGGGAGUUGACUGUGUGUCAGUAGGUUUUUUUUUUAUGGGGAGAGAGGAGCGGGAAGCGGCCGCAGGCACACGAUCGAACGGCCACAUCGGACUAUUGCCUUGCGCAACUUAUUAUUAUAAUUAUAAUUAUUAUUAUUAUUAUUAUAUUAGCAUUAUAUAGUUACACUUUUUACACAGAGAUGCCACAACAUGUGGAAAACUUGGAAGUAAUUAUAUUAAAGUACCUAACUUUGAAACAUACGAUACACAUUGAUUAAUGAGUAAUUUAAAUGAUACCUCUUUGAUGAGAAAAUUUAACGCGCGCGAACGCGCGCGCACACACACAUACAUACAUACAUACAUACACGCAUACACACACAAAAAAGGAAAAGGUAAAGUACCCACAAUGUUGCCAGUUUUGAAUGCGUUGGACAUACCGAUUAUCAUAAUGUGUAGCUGCAUAUUGUACAUUACAUUAUAUAAAUAUGAUAAAAAUGUGAUCGAUAGACGA